AUGGCGUCGAAAAGUAAGACCACGGCCCGGACCGCCUGGUCUUUUGACGAAUUUCGGACAUUUUUGGCUUUUGCCUUGAUAGGCUUAGCCAACACAAUCCUACCGUCCCUCAUCCAUGCCUCAAACUACCUCAUUAUCCCGUACCCGCACCACAUCGUCAUUCUCAUCGAAGUCGCGCCGGUCCUCCUCACUAAGCUAACCCUCCCGUUCAUCAUUCACCGCAUACCAUGCCGAAUCCGACCACUCCUUGUCGCGGCGGUAUGGGUUGUUCUCAAGCGAAUUGCAGAUGACACGCCGCCGAACGUGCCUCCGCCAGUACGCAUUGCGACAACGGUGGUUGCAUCUACUGCAUCGGCAGUAAUGGAGGUUUCCUGUCUCGGAAUGAUCGGGCAAGCCGGGCUUCCGGGACUAGCGGGGUGGGGCUUCGGCACCGGCGCGGGGGUACUCGAGAACGCCGUGUGGCCGUUCGUUCUGACGUACGGUGCCGGGAAACUUCUUCGCAGCGCCACGACGUAUGUCUACUAUGCUGUGGCUCUACUUGUGGUGUCUCACUUUGUCAUACUGCCUCAACGAGUCUCGAAAAGGGGUACGAAGAGUGACGCGCGAGCGAAGCAACGUGAGGAUGCCAGUGCUGAAGAAGGGCAAUCCUUCUCGUGGCACGGCGGGAUCGACGGUUCGAAUCGCGACCGAAACAGGUUUGAGAUGCUCCGCAAUCUCAUCCGCUCGGAGAUGCUGCCUCUCUUUAUGGCAUCCGCAGCGAUAUCUUUCUCACAAUACGGCCUCGCUAGGCCGCUCGAUGGCACGAUAUUUGAUACAUUCGCCCAUUUCUACGCGACAUACAGCAUGGCUCUGAAGCUAGGAGUCUGGAUCGGACGGUCUUUGCUCAGGCUUCUCCCGGCGCGAAACUUCAAACUGCAUCUGACGGCUCUAUGCGUCUGGACGGUGGUUGCCUUCUUCAACGCCGUGUUCCUUGUCUCAACGCACCUCGCUUUUUUCUUGGUCUUCUUGAUUGGUCUGGCGGCUGGAUCUGUAUAUGUGAAUGUUUUGGCAAGGCUGGUCGGAGAAGGGAGGGAUACGGUUGUUCGGGAGGUCAGUCUAGGGUUUGUUACUGUUGGCGAUGCGGGAGGUGCGCUCGUUGGUGGCGUAGUGGGUGCCUUGCUCGAGACGGCAAUGUGUCGCUCGCUUGCCGAUGGCAGACGGUGGUGCCGUAGAGACCGGUAG